UUUCUCUUUAUACAUUAAAUUUUCUACAUGGUAUCAGAGCAAGGUUAAGAAGCUAGUAAUUCUGCUUCACCGACGGGCGGCAGCCUCGCCUUGGCCGCCCGCCGGACCUCUACACAUGCCUUCACUCCCCCAAAGCUUCCUCGGCCAAACCUCCUCCUCCUAACCAACCUUUAAUAAGGGCUAUUACAGCAGUGUUGAAAAAGUUUAGUAUUCACAGUGAUGGAAAGGCUGAACUCAGAGCUGUACUUGCAAAACUGUUACAUAAUGCAAGAGAAUGAGAGGCUUAGGAAGAAAGCCCAACUUCUCAACCAAGAAAAUCAAACAUUGCUUUCUGAGCUCAAGCAGAAACUUUCCAACAAGUCAAACAAGCACCCAAAAUCCAGUAGUGGCCCAAACUCAAUUCCGGACCUCUCAUCACUCUUCACUGUUGUUGAUUCUGCCGUAUCGCAAUCAGAGAGAUAUUGAUUGUCAUAUAUCAUCAUGGCUCCAGCAGCGGCAGCAGAUUCAAUAAAGCCUAGAGAUGUUUGUGUUGUUGGUGUUACACAUAACCCCCUGUUUUCGUCUUUGCAACUCUCUCUCUCUCUCUGUGUCCAGUUAGUUGUUUGUGAGUGAAAAUGUCAGACAGCAACCUGCAUCGAUAUCCUCUUGGCCAUCAUCUUGCCUCACCUUGGGGUCUUCCUCAAAUAUGGUUGCCAGGUAGAGUUCUGGAUUUGUGUGUUGCUGACCUUGUUUGGGUGGUUACCUGGAAUCAUCUAUGCUGUUUAUGCCCUCACCAA